AUGGAGACUUCUCACAGUAUGAAACGAUGGGUGCUUGACGGAACAGACUACGACACCCAAUUCGCUCUGGCGCCGUGGUCCAAGUACGGAGCGGCUGAUACCCGCUUUAGUGCCUGGACGCCGAUAACUAAUAAGUCGUCCAACAAGCAGCUGUUUGAGGAGAGAACCUCAUUGAUUCUGCACUGGUUUGACUUGUGGACGGACCGACAGAGGAAGCACCUCCUCACCACCCUGUUGACACGAUGCUCCAAGUCCCAGCUCCAGUUCUGCAGAGACUGGCUGAAACAGACAGUGCCUGCAACAAGUGUGGACUUCACCACUAUUCUGCCACAGUGUCUCUCACUGUACGUGAUGUCAUUCCUGACCCCACGUGACCUCUGCUCUGCCGCACAGGUCAGCUGGCACUGGAGGUUCCUGGCCGAGCAGGACUGCCUCUGGGCGGGCAGGAGUAUUCGUCUGGGCUGGUUCCUCCCCUACACCCCGGUGGAGAAAGAAUACGGAGGGUGGAAAAGUCACUACAUCUCCUGUGUCGCCACUCUGGAUUGGCUGACUCCCAGAGAGGCCUCCGAACAAUACGGGACUCUCAACCCACCCAGCGCCGGGGCGAGGGAGGAGGAGGAGGAGCGAUGGAGGGAGAGAAUGAUCCGCCAGACCAUCAGAGAGAGAGUGGAGGAUUUCAAGAAAGCGUCUCUGAAGAACAGGAGAAUAUGGGGCAGCAACAUCCACGCAGGGGGAAGGAAGAGUGGACAUGCCCAGGCAGAGAGGCUCAGACCUGGGGUAACAUUCAGCCCUCUACCCUCCCUCUCCUGGCAACCAGGGACAAGGGCCUAUGUUCCUCUAAACCCUAAGCUGAACCCCAACCUCUCUACAGAGACGACCCUGAGCCUGCAGUCUGUAAGAACCAGAACCCCUCAGCAGUCCUCCUCCUCGCCACAUGGGUCACUGUUGUUGCUCUCCAACAGAGUUCCUGCCUACGAGCUGGUGUUAAGUGGAGUGAGGGGAGGCGUAAUAUCUGUGCUGUACGACCACAGAGGGACCCUGCCAGCUCUAUUAGCCCAGGUAAAGAGGGCUCUUGGUGGGCACAUGAUCCAGAGGCUUGGCCUGCUAGCACCAGGAGGAACGGAUGAACUCAUUCUGCUGCAAGGCUACAGCGUCACAGAGAGGAGUGUUUUGUCCCCUGACAUCAGAGAAUUCUGGGAGAAACUGUGUGGUUGGGUUGUACCACUUGAGGAGGGAGGAGGGGUGGACAUCUUUUCUCCUCUCGCUGCAUCUGCAUCAGGAGUGAUUCUGAUCCAGACUCUGUCCACUCUGACGGGUCUGGAGGUCCAGGCUCCCAUGGGUAUAGCCACUGGAUUCUUCCAGAACAUCCUGAGUGAGUGGUCAGGAAGUGGAGGGGUGAGUGUGGGGGCCAGGUCACCCUCCAUCUCUCCUCCUGCACGGUACGUGUGUGAGAGUGUGUUGCAGAGCUGGGCCAGACAGGCCCUGUGGCUGGAACAGGCCUUAGGGGCCCUCAGGGACCAGCUGGAGCCCCAACUCCAGCAACUCAGCCUGGACACCAGGGGUCGUGCCCUGGGUCAGUUUCUGUGGGAUGUUGUUGCCCUGGAGCAGCUCAGUGUGUUUAAGGAACUGAGUGUGGUCCUGGUGGAGGCCCUCACAGCCCUCUCCACACAGGACACGACCAGACCUCUGGAGUUUCUCUCCCUCUUCCUGAGGAGAAGGGGGGAGGAAACAGAGAAAGGGGAUGGUAAAGAACAAGAGGAAAUGAGUGAGGGGAGCUCUCCUGAAAAAGGCCAAUAUGGAGUUCCGUGCCCCAACCUUGAUAUACCACAGGCUGAGCUGGACUGGCGUGCUGUGGUGUUUAGGGAGCUGUACCACAGUGAGAGGCAGUACCUGAGCAAGCUGGGGGCGGUGCUUAGCGUCUACCACGACCCCCUAGACGCUGCCCUCAACUCCAACAGAGCCAUCCUCAGCUCCGCCCACAUCCACAUGAUCCUCACCCCUGUGAAACACAUAGUGGAGGUCAAUAAGCUGUUCCUGUCAGAUUUGGGGGUCAGGCAGGAGAAGUGGGGUGCAGAGCAGUGUGUAGGAGACGUGUGUGUGAAGUUCUGCUCCAGACUCCGAGUCUACACCAACUACCUCAACAACUAUCCAACUGCACUACGCACCAUAGAUAAGUGCAGAGAGAUGAUCCCUAGUUUCCGAGCUUUCCUGAAGAGAGUGGACAGGACCCUGGCCUCUCACAUGCUGAGUCUACAGGAGCUGUUGCUGUGUCCAGUGUGGCGAGUUGAGGAAUACAUAACCCUCCUCAAAGCCUUGGCUUUCCACACCCCCCCAGAACACCCCGACCACACCCACCUGUCCUCAGCUCUACACACCCUGCUGCGCUACAGGGACUUCAUACACAAGCUGAAGAAGAGCUCAGAGAGAGAUGUGAGCAUCCAGGAGACCCAGAGGAGGAUCAAGGCUUGUCCGAACCUGUGUGAAGGAAACAGACAGCUUAUCACCACUCAGGAUGCCAUUCUGCUCAGAAGCCCUCAUAAUGACAUCGUAGACUCCCUCAAGACAUAUGAGCAGGUGGCUGACCUGGGUUUGUUCUUGUUCACCGAUGCCCUGGUCUUGACAGAGAGGAGCGUGCGUCACACACCUUUCAGCCUCUCUCAGCACAGCACACACACUUUCCUGGCCUCUGUGGCCCUGCCUAGCCUCAACCUGCGAGAGGUCACACACACACGCUACGUGUGUAAUGCAUUUGUCCUGGAGGGCCCCAGCCGUGUGUGGGUGUGUUCUACAGAGAGGGAGGAGGAGAGAGAGAGGUUUCUCCUUGCCCUGAGCUCAGCCAGACACACUGCUCUAGCUGAGGGCUAGCCGCUCUAGCUGAGGGCUAGCCGCUCUAGCUGAGGGC